AUGGCGCCCCUCCCCGAAUGGUUCCAGGCUCUCCGCCAUCAUCAACAAGUGGUCACCUCCGACCCCAGCUUCUCCGAAAAGGCAAUCGUCCUCCUCGUCGUGGGACACAUCUUGAUCCUCUACACGGUGUUAUGUUGGCUCGGAGCUGGCAUGGAGAGCGCAGAUAACCGCGAUCAUCGAAAGACCGAGUGUCUCGAGGGCCAGUUCGAGCUCCAGCCCGAGCCACGAGAGUCAAGCAGAUCCACGUCCAACGAUCAGAAACACGGCCCGAGCUCCUCUGCCCUGAACCUGCAUGUUUGA